AUGUUUAUUAAUUCACUUAAUUUGAGACAAAUGAGUAGUACUAUUUCUUCUCGAAUUUUAGAUGGAAUAUUUAUUGGAAAUUAUAUUCCAUUACAAGUAUAGUAUAAUACCAUGUCUUAGGAAGAAUAAUAUCUAAAUAUUAACCAAAUAACUCAUAUAGUAAAUUGUUCAGCUUAAGAAAUUAAAGCUCCUCCUAAUUUAAAAGUGUUAAACUAUCAUUGGAAAGAUGAAGAUAAUUAAGUAUAUCAUUAAUAUACCUAGAUAAUUAUUACUAUCGAAAACCUAAUUUAGAUUACGACCUUUGUAGAAAGAGCUAUAAAACAAGGAGAAAGUGCUUUAUUUUGCUGUCUUAAUGGUUAAAGUCGAUCAUUGACAGCCUUAAUAGGCUAUCUUAUGUAUAGGUAAUUUUUAUAUAUUUAUAGGUCAAGAUAUAAAUGGAGCUUGUUCAAAGUUCUUCAAUACAUAAAUAUUUAGAAAAAGGAUUUUGAAAUAAGAGCAAGUUUUUUAAAAUAACUCAUUGAUUUUGAAAAGAAAGAGCUUAGCUAGUUUGUAAUCAGUCGAAAUUGGAAUUAAAUAUCUAAUGAUCAAGAGUAGACACUAUUGCAAAACACUUACUUAAAUUCUGUACAAAAAAAUUAAGAUGAUCAAAUUUUUAUGAAAUUAUAACCCAAAACUUUAAAUAGAACCAAAAGAAAAGUUUCUUGGGCUAGAUGCCUAAUUUAAUAAACUCCUUAGAUUGUUUAUUCGAUUUGUACAAAAUUUAUGAAAUAAGAGAAAUCAAUUUUAAAAAACAAUAAUACUAAUUUACUUGGUGGCAACAAUUCUUAAUAAAAAGAAAGCCCAAACAAUUAAAAAUUAAAACCACGAAUAAUUGAUGAAGAAUUAUUUGUUAAAAAAAAUACUUACAGACUUAGUGAUAAGAAAUAAAGAAAUUUAACUCCUUAUAAUACUAAGAGAUUCAAUAAUUAAAAUUUAAUUACUCUAAAUAAAAAAUUUGAAUCAUUUUUAGAUAUAGACAUUAACACCUAACAAAUAUAGAAAAAGCAUAGGUCUUAAACAAAUACACCUAAAAUUAAUAAAACUCAAAGAUUCAGUAGUUUGGAUAACCAGAAUAAUGAUUCAUGUAUUUUAGCUGCCAUCAAUCAAGAAAAAAUGAGAAAAUCUCUUUUACCAUAGAGAAGGGCUCAAUUCAAACUUAUAAAUAUGAUUUGA